AUGGAGAAGAACAGCCGCAUUGAGCUGUCGGCUGACGGCCUCACUGCCAAGAAUGCGGGCACCAACUUCGAGUCGGUGCGGUGCAACGUAAAGGUGAAGAGUGGCAAGUGGUAUUACGAGAUCAAGCUCAUCACCAACGGCCUCUUUCAAAUUGGCUGGUGCACGACCGCCUUCACCCCGGACGCCGCGGCUGGCAACGGCGUGGGCGAUGACUCCAACUCCUGGGCCUACGACGGCAGCCGUCAGCGUAAUGGCAUGCUGGCUCGGCCUACUACGGCCAGUACUGGUGACUACAUUGGCGUUGCCAUCGACUUGGAUGCGAAGAAGAUGGACUUCUACCGCAAUGGCCACAACAUGGGCACCGCGUACGACAACUUCUCUGUCGGCGAUGGGCUCUACCCUGCCGUGACACUCUCUGGAGGCCAGCAGUGCUCUUUCAACUUUGGAAAGACGCCCUUUGCGUAUCCGCACCCGAGCAGUGACUACAAGGUCCUCCACUGCUUCCUCAGCGAGGCGGAGGUGGAGAAGCUGAACCAGCUCUUCAACAAAUACAAGGCGAUGGGCGUCCAGCUGAGCGAGUCUGGCGAGACGGGCGACAUCAUCAAGGGCGCCGGCUUUCUGCAAUACGGCCAGGACUUGGGCGUUGUUGAAGACACCGACCCUGGCCUGAUGCUUCUGGCCUUCAAGUUGGGAGCCGAGGCCCAGUGGGAGUUCUCUCGAGAAGAGUUCAUCAACGGCUGGACUGCAUUUGGUCGGGUGCUCGUGCUCCACCAUGGAGGGCAUGAAGGCGAAGCUCGCCGAGUGGCGGCGGAGAUCAAGAACGACGACAGCUUCCGUGCGUUCUAUUACUUUGUGUUUGACUACCUCCGGGAGGCGAACAAGGUCAUCCUGCUGAUGGAAGAGGCGCUCACCGUAUGGGAGAUGCUGGGUUUCCCCAACAAGUGGCAGUACUGGGGCAAGUGGACGGACUUCCUGAAGAACCACACGUCGGCAAGGUCGGUCUCUAAAGACACGUGGCGCCAGUUCUUCGACUUCUACCGUGCCCACCCGACGGGCUUCGACGCUUAUGACGAGGACAGCUCGUGGCCCAUCCUGUUCGACGAGUUCGUGGAGUGGAUGAACGCCAACAAGGACUGA